AUGGGUCACGAAUUAACUCAUGGCUUUGAUGAUGAUGGGAGUCUUUAUGAUAUGAAUGGUAAUUUGAAUAAUUGGUGGAGUAAGGAAUCAUACAAAAAUUUUAAAAAUAAAGCACAGUGUUUCAUUGAGCAGUAUGAAUCAUACAAAGUGCCAAACACAGAGUUUAAGAUAAAUGGGAAGCUUACAUUAGGAGAAAAUAUUGCUGACAACAGCGGUAUCAAACAAUCAUUUCGGGCAUAUAAAAAGUACAUCGAACAAAUCGGUCAUUCAGAGCCUCGACUACCAGGCAUGUCAAAUUUCACCGAGGACCAAAUAUUUUUUCUUUCAUUUGCGCAGGUUUGGUGCAGUCAUCAGACGAAAGAAGCCCAAAUAAAGCAAGUGCUUACUAAUGAGCACAGCCCGGCUAUGUACCGCGUCAACGGUCCACUUUCAAAUUUACCUGAAUUUAGCAAAGCUUUUAAUUGUCCACCGGGAAGUUUCUUAAAUCCUCAGAAACGUUGUUCUGUAUGGUAG